CGAGAGAGUAAAAUGGCUUAGUGCGGAGGUCGUGCAGGUGCGUGACGAUGACUUACCGCACAUUUCCUGCCCAGGUAGCCGAACAGGCAGUCGUUCUCCUGCGGGGUCAGCAGCAUGGAGCCCGCGUUAGCGGCCCUGCGGGGCAGCGGGUGGCUGUUCAUGGCUCCGGGUUGCCACACGACGACGAGCAAACACUGCUAACGGUGUUUAUUUACGCCACAUCCAAGCGGGCGGCGGACGCGGUGGCCUCCAGCCCGAUCAUCUCCGCCGACUGCAGGGGCUGGAGGGCGGCCAAGGACCGGGCGUGCCCCGGGACUGCACCUGCUUCGAAAACAAACUUAAAUUCCUCUCUUCGGCGUCAAACCACGCAAAAAAUCCCCCCCAAGUACGCGUCUUGAGCGGAACAAACGCACAAGUUCGAUCGUAAAAAGUCGAGCGGCCGCUGCAGCGAUGCGUCCAUCCAACAUGGCAACUACAUGGACGAUACCACCGAGCCGACAACACGGGGGGGUGUUCAACUAGGAACUAACACGUCCACUUCCGCUGCGGCGACCAAUAACAACUCGGCGAACCCCCAAACCCUUACGAAUAAAUGUGAGGAAUUAUAUUGUCGUCAAUAAAAAAGCGCCAUUAUUAAAAGUGCAGUUUUAAACUUCGAAAGUGGUUUGGUCCGAAGAACGCAGAGCUGCGGAGGCAAAGGGAGGGGCGGGGCCAGCGUGACGUCACAAGCCGAGACCAGAUGGCGGACGCGGAGACGUAAACAAGAACCCCAAGAAGUCCUGAAAUAUUAAUAACGUUUUGUCCGCCGCGUGUUGACACAAUUGACCGAAAGCUUUUAUUGGCCACAACUGUGGCUGGAAAUACGGAGGGAAAAAGACCAGUCAGGAAAUGUCCAUAUUUGGAUAUAAAUAGUAAGCAUGCACCCAAAACAUACUGAACAUAAUGAACCUAUUUAUGUUUUUACACUCAUAAUACUUUUAAAACAUAUUUAUCAUUCAUAUUCGUCACUACACUCAAUCCAUUCACUCCUACUUUUCGUUAGCGGCGGCGUGUAUCAGAGGAGGGGGGAGGGGCUUGCUCCCUCGUUGCCAUGGCGACGUGUAAACUGAAGCCCUCCGUGUUGCUAACGAACGUCGCGUCUCGGCUCGUCGGUCAGAAAGUUGCAGUGAGGAAAGAAUCAUGUCGGAGGAAGAGCAGGAGGGAAACACCUCACAGGUGGAGAGAGCGGGUCUGGACGAGGAGCGGCAGGUGGGCAGGUCUAGUCCAGGCGAGCAGCAGACUGAGGCCACGACUGAACAAUCUGACAACGAUGAAGGAAAUGUGCAAAAUGCAUCAGCUGUAGAAGAGCAGCAGUCUGAUGGAUCCAACAAUGAGGGGGAACGGGUGGAAAACUCAGCAACUACAGAAGAUCAGCAGACGGAGGCUACGACUGAACAAUCGGAAAACGAUGAAGAAAAGUCAGCAACUACAGAAGAUCAGCAGACGGAGGCUACGACUGAACAAUCGGAAAACGACGAAGAAAAGUCAGAAGCUGCAGAAGAACUGCAGGCUGAUGGAUCCAACAAUGAGGGGGAACAGGUGGAAAAGUCAGCAGCGGCAGAAGAACCGCAGACUGGACAAACCAACAACGAGGAGGGAAAUGCGAAAACAUCUGCAGAUGAGCAGCAGGCUGAUGCUCCGACUGAACGACCUGCAACUGAUGAGGAACAUGUGGAGAAGCCAACAGCUUCGGACGAGCAGCAGGCCGGUCAGUCCAACAAUGAGGGAGAAAAUGGAGGCGCUGCAGUUGAGCAGCAGCCUGACGCUCCCACUGAGCAGCAGCCUGACGCUCCCACUGAGCAGCAGCCUGACGCUCCCACUGAGCAGCAGCCUGACGCUCCCACUGAGCAGGCCAACAAGGAUGAAGGCAACGUGGAACAGUCUACAGCUCCAGGCGCAAUGGCGGAGGACGAGAAGAGCGUAGCAGAGGUCGGCGACUUGCCUCCCGGCGCCGUCACCGUGGAGACGACGUCAUCAGACCCCCGCAAUCCGGCGGCAGAGCAGGAAGACACGCCCCACGUCACCGAUGCGAACCUGCAGACGGAUGAUGGCGCUGUCCACAAGGUGCCGGUGGAGAUUGAGCGUGCCUGCCAGGAGAAAGACUUCCUGGGCGGCUACAGGCACAAGUUGCUGGGCACAGAAUACCACCAUGCCGCUGCCCAGACUCCACGCACGAGGAGGCCCGACCGAGGGGUGGUCGUGUUCAGCCGUGACACGCAGACCGGGGACCUGAUCUCCGAGCCCCAGCAGUGCCCGUCCAGCGUCACCACGCAGAUGACCAGCGUCGGCUGUUACAUCUCCAACCUCACGGACAAGCUGCUCAGCCCGAGAGGUUACGUCACGGCCGACGAAUACCACUCCACCCGACUGGACGCCGUGAUACGACUGCAGGCGCACACUCGCCGCUGGCUCAGCACCCGGGCGGUGGACCGUCUGAGGAGACAGCGCGACCGGCGGCUGGCCUGGAUGGACCUCCAGGAGAGGAGGAGGCGGGAGGAGAGGGAGGAGCAGAUGCAGGACAGCCGCAACCGCUGGAGCCAGCCGCAGAAGAGGGAGGACCUCAACCUGCUGUACCACGCCCUGGAGAAGUGGAGGAGUGACAAGGAGCACCAGAUCAACACCACUCUGCGAGGCUCCGAGAGGAAGGCCGCCCUCUGCUCGCUGCUGGAGCAGGAGACGCAGUACAUCGCCACCAUCGGACGCCACGGCAUCGCCAUCAGGAGCAACAACUACAACAAAGCUGUCAGGAAGUUCCUGGACAAGUCGUCCACGCCUCAUCAGUGGCGAGCGGCAGACGGCCGCCUGAUCGAGAUGGACACUCCUGACACCAUCAGGGCCCGAGAGCUGGGAGAUCUUUACGACUGUGUGGCCAUGUCGCCCAUCAGCCAGGAGCAGAGGCUGGACAUCCUGCUGUGCCUCAAGCAGACUGUGGAGGAGCACCCGUGCCAGCUGACACGAGACAUCGUGGAGUUGCUGCACCGAGAGGAGGACCUGAUGAGACGUCAGGUCAAGUCGACCAACCUGGAGGGUCUGAGGAAGAGACUCUCCACACUCUUCCUCCAGUUCAUCAGGACCCCAGGAUUCAACCCAGAAGUGGCCAAGCACCUGAAAGUGCCUAAGAGCCCCUCCAUGCUGAAAAACGACGUCUUCCUCUGCCACGGCUGCCAGCGCUACCUGUGCUCCUCCCAGUUCCGGUCCUGCGCCAAAGCCCACCUGGGCCGGCGCUGUCUGGACUGCACCAGACUGAGGAACAUCGCCGGGAGCCGUGACGACUUCUCCUGCUACAAGAACAUGCUGAAGAGACUGCGGGACAGCGAGCUGGUCCUCAACAAGGACAACACCAUCCCCUUCCUCCUGCAGGUGGAGGACCUGCAGUACCUGGUGGAGGUGAUCUGGGGCGCCCGCUCGGCCCUCAGCGCCUGCAACGACGCCUUCAGCCUGGCGCUGGUCCGGUGGGAACGCCACAAGGACUGGAGCCCCUGGAACUGCGUCCUGCUCAGCAAGGAGGAGGUGGCCGCUCACCUGCAGGUGGAGGACGUGCACAAGGUGUACGACGCACCUGUCAUCCACGGCGUGGAACACAAGCACCUGCUGGCUCGCCGCCAGUACAACCAGAUCCCCACCAUGGUGACGCAGGCGCCCAAAGCCACCAUCGCCAAGUACGGCAAGUUGUUUGCGUCGGGUCGCAUUAAAGGGAAGACCACCUGACAGCUCCGCCAUGAGUCUUUGACCACAUACAUGAUGUUGACAUGCUGUUCUAACCACAAAGUCUAUGGCUACUGUGGAGAAUGCAUAUAUGUUUAAGAGUUCUUUCUUUAUUCAUAGUCAUGUUUAAAGCAGCUAGUGUUUUUCCAUUUGUACUCUUUCUAUUUUUCUAUCUUAUGUCCGCAAGUAAACUGUGUGUUUUACCUUGAAGGCUUGUAAUGUAGGAGUUGGAGUACUCCCUUUAUAUCUUAUCUGUAUUAGAACAAUGAGGCUGUAUUCCUUUCUGGACAGGGUGGGGGCUUUCUUCGUAUUCAAGAAGUUGUCUCUUCAGUUUGAAUGUUAGACCAAUUCGAGAAGCCGGUAUGAAUGUAUUGAUGUGGGCUGGUCUCCUGAAGCUUUAGUAAAACUUGAUAAUAUUCCUAUUCUGUCUUGAUGGUCCUUCUUACUCUGCAUAUAUGUCAUCUU